UAUGGUCUUCCCUUCUCCAGUUCUCCCCCGCUCAAACCGACCAGACAUACAGAGGAGAGAGAGAGAGAGAGAGAGAGGGAGAGAGAGGAGAGUAGGAAUCGAGUUGAGUCAUCACGGCUGUACUUGAAGCGGUCGGGUGGAAUCUCCACCACCAACAACGCCUCCAGCAACAAAGCCCAUCACAAGUGGAUCAAACACAGAACUUGUUCGAGAAGAGGAUUCCUUCCCCUCACGGUGGUAGGGGUGCUCUUCCCUCUGAAGGCGGAAGCCCUUCCGAUCUCCUCUUCCUCGCCGGCGGCGGUUGUUUCUUUUCCUCUUUCCCCCUUUUCCACCUUCUCCGCUCAGGUCUAACUGGGGAAGAACUAACUAACGUCGCAAACCCACCUAACUUUCUCAAUCUUUUUCUUCUUCUCGCGAUCGUCUGCGUCCAAGAUGUUGACCAUCAAAAGGGUUCCGACCGUCGUCUCCAACUUCCAGGAAGACACUCCUGGAGCUCUCGGUUGUGGCAGGAAUUGCCUCGGCAAGUGUUGCCUUCCCGUAUCAAAGCUUCCUCUCUAUGCCUUCAAGAGAGACGGCAGCGAUUUGAUCAAAGGUGGGGCAGCAAUUGAACCGGGGGACAACCCUAAGGUUUCUUUCCUCAAUGAAUUGCUGCUGGCGCAGUGGGAGGAUCGGAUGAGCAGAGGGCUCUUCCGCUACGACGUGACAACCUGCGAGACCAAGGUUAUUCCUGGGGAUUAUGGAUUCAUUGCUCAGCUCAACGAAGGUCGCCACUUGAAGAAACGGCCCACCGAGUUCCGUGUGGAUCGGGUCCUUCAGCCCUUUGAUGAAAAGAAGUUCAAUUUCACUAAGGUUGGCCAAGAGGAGGCGCUCUUCAGGUUCGAGCAGAGUGAGGACAAUGGGACUCACUAUUUCCCCAAUGCUCCCAUCGGCGACAGCUCCAAAUCCCCAAAUGCUGUUGCCAUAAACGUGAGUCCAAUUGAGUAUGGGCAUGUACUUCUGAUUCCCCGAGUUCUCGAUUGCUUGCCUCAGAGGAUUGACCAUGAGAGUUUCUUGCUUGCUCUUCAUAUGGCAUCUGAAGCAGCAGAUCCGUUCUUUAGAUUGGGAUACAAUAGCUUGGGUGCCUUCGCAACCAUUAAUCACCUCCAUUUCCAGGCGUAUUACCUAUCCAUGCCCUUCCCCGUGGAGAAGACCCCCACUGAAAAACUAAACACAGUGAAGAAUGUGCCUGACAAUGGAGUGACAGUGUCCAAGCUGUUGAAUUAUCCAGUAAGGGGAUUGGUUUUUGAGGGUGGAAAAACAAUGAAACAUUUAUCUGAUGCUGUUGCAAAUUCUUGCAUUUGCCUCCAAGAAAACAACAUUCCUUACAAUGUCCUGAUCUCCGAUUGUGGUAAACGGGUCUUCAUUUUCCCUCAGUGUUAUGCGGAGAAGCAAGCACUAGGAGAAGUGAGCCAGGAGCUUCUAGACACCCAAGUAAAUCCUGCUGUGUGGGAGAUAAGUGGACAUAUUGUGUUGAAGAGGAAGGACGACUACAGAGAAGCAUCCGAAGACUAUGCUUGGAGGCUUCUAGCUGAGGUCUCUCUUUCAGAGGAGAGGUUUGAAGAGGUGAAGGCUUACAUAUUGGAAGCUGCAGGGUUUCAAGAGGCUUGUGUGGAGGAGACCAAUGUUGGAAAUGAGGAGCAGGAAGAAGCUCUAUUUGAGCCCUCAGUGCCAACCCCUGCACCACAUUUCCCCCAAGAUUGUCUGGUUCUGCAGUGAAGAUUUUUAUACUUGUAAGGACUUCCUAGUCAAGGUCCCAUCUAGCAUAGUGUGGUUUGAUCUCUUGUAUUAUUGAAUAAAAGAAGUGGUGGAUGCUUGGUGAAUUAGUAGUACAGAUCUACAAAAGGUCAAUAGGUUUGUUUGUAAUUGGAUUUGCGGUAAUCUUGUGCAUGCUCUAGUUUGUGCUCAUUUUAUGAUAAACGAUCUCUAAUAUGUUUGUUGCAUCA